UACAUAUUUGCAAAAAAAAUCAUAAUUCCAACAUUGUUUGGCUUUCUUCUCGUCGCUCCCGUUACCGUGGUAACGGGGAGAGAGAAGCGGACGAGCGGGGAAGACCCCGGGAAAAGUGACGUCACUGAGCCGCUCUUACCAUCCAUCGGUUAAACUCUGACCUUAGCAGUCGAUGAUGAUGGUGCUCAUCAACGGGGACGGCGGUUCCGCUCGCAAACGGGUUCAGCAGACGGACCGGUACCGGAAGCAGAAACUUGUGUCGAGAUUGAGCGACUCCGGUUUCGAGGAAGACUUGGUUGCUUGUGUCCCGACGUGUUCUUCUUCCUCCACCCGGACAGUCCCGUCGCCGCUGCGGGCGGACGAACCUGGGGACGCGGCAGCCGCGCAACAGUCCAGUUGGUACCAACAGUACGGUGAUGUUGGCUACAGGAUCCAGAGGGAGAGGGAGGCUCUCUUUUAUCCGUGCAAAAGUCUCGUUCUGCAGCCACAAGUGACAGCCGAAGCACGCUGCAAGCUGGUCAGCUGGCUCAUUCCUGUGUGCAAACACUUCCGUCUGUCUUUCGAGUGCUGCUGCCUGGCCGUCAACAUCAUGGACAGGUUCAUGGGGUGCACGCCGGUGGCCGCGGACUGUUUUCAGCUUCUAGGCGUCACCGUGCUGCUCCUUGCCAGCAAAAAGGUGGAGGUGUGCUCCCCAAGUAUCAGUCAUCUCUUGUCGCUUUGCUGUGACGCCUUCACCAAGGAGCAGCUCUGCAACCUGGAGUGUCUCAUCCUGCUUCGUCUCCAUUUCCGCCUGGGGGCGCCCACCCUGGCCUUCUUCCUGGACCACUACGCCAACCGCACGGCGCCGCCCGCACAGUGUGCCAGCCUGGCCCGUAAAGUGUGCGAAUUGAGCCUCGCCGACUGCACCUUCGACAAAUACGCCCCGUCACUGACUGCCAGCUGCGCGCUGAGCCUGGCGUGCGAGUUACUCCAACCGCAACGGGCGAAUGCCACAACUUGUCCGCAGAACAGCAUGAUGACGACUCAGUGUGAUGACACUUCAGCGGCAUGGAGGCCUGAUCUGGCUCAGGAGUGCAGAAACAACCUGAAACUGCUACUUGCACUCAAUCAGGAGUCAUUAGAUGCAACCUUCAACAUGUGAAAAUAUGUCACAUUUCACUUUUAUGACACUGGUCUUGGACUGAUCACCAGUCAGUCAGGGCCAUUAUUGAUCCAUGAUCAUUUCAGUCAAAGUCUGGGGCAAAAGGAAGCUGCAAAUUCAAACAAGAACUAACCAACAGCAAGCAUAUGUUACUAAUGGUUAGUUGAGGGAACUUAUUAAACAAAUAAUCAUUUUUAUUUGUCACAGUCUGAAGUUAAACUUUGUAAAAACUGCAGUUCGACCUGGCAAAAAAAUAGCAUUCAAAAUCAGGGGCAGGGCAGCCCCUCAUUUUAUCUCUAGCCCUUUCCUGCUCAAUCACUGAUAAGAAUAUAAUAGCAAAUUUCCACUGACAUUCACAAUGGCACAAAGAGUUCGUUCAGGGGUGGAGUCCUGGGCAGUAGGAUGUGCCAAUUUAUGUUUUAAGUAUGUUCAAUUUGCGCUGGAAAUUUUUUGAAAUAUAUAUUUAGAAUUUAGAAUUUUUAUAUUUUAUUAUUUUAUUUUCAUUGCAAUGAUUUCACAAAAUUAUACAAUAACCGUCUUGAAACAAUGUUUUUUUCCAAAAUAAACAAUAAUAGUGAAAAUUAUAAAAAAUACAAAUAAAUAAAUAUAUUAUUAGUACACCCCCUGUCCCCCCCCCCCGAAAAAAAAAACACACACAAAAACACUCCAAUCUCUAUAAACUUAUGCAUAGGUAUAGAGACAUAAAUUCAUCCUAAUUGUACACAAUAUCAUACUAAUUAUUUUAUAAUUAUUAUAUAUUUAUUUGUUUCAUUAAUUAAAUAGAGAUGGCAUGCUUACCCUUACUAAAAUAAAAGCUAAAAUAAAAAUAUUGAAUAAUUUAUUUCCGGUGAAUUUGUUUUUCUAAAAACAUGAAUCAAAAUUAAAUAAUAAAAAAAAAAGUUUCACCUUAUUAAAAAUUGAUAAAUAUUUUUAUAAGCUAGGCCUCAAAAUAAAAUUAUGUUUAGGGCCCCAGUUUGGCAGUGAUCAAGCUGUCUGGCGUACACAGGUGACAUCUUCGAGUAUAAAAGAAUGUCAAAAUAAAAAACUUUUUUUAUUUAUGUGUAAUGAUUUUUAUACUUUUGUUCAUUAAGUUUUAAUUUAACUUUUUUACUUUAUCAUGGUAAAUACAUUGUUCUAUAAUUAAUUGUUUUGCUGCAAAAACAUGAAAAAAAUAUAUAUUCGCAAACCUUCCUAACAAUUUUUACUGGAAUCAAACCCACGCCUGUCUGCCUUGUCAGACCAGUGAAAAAUUGCCUUCAUAUUUUAUGAAUGACAUUACAGGAAGGGGCUAGGAAUAUGUUUGCAGUAAAAAUUUCAUAUGAAGCGCCUGAUUCAUCAUCACCAUGCUCCUCUUCAUCAUCAUCAUCAUCACCAUGGUCUUCCGCAACAUCAUCAUCACCAUGGUCCUCUUCAUCACGAUCAUGUUCCUUUUCCUCUUCUUCAUCAUCAUCAUGCUCUUUUCUCCUUCUUCUACUAGUUUUAUCCUCUUUUCUUCUUCCUUCUUGGCCUUUUCUUCAGUCAUUUUCCUCUCUUCUACUUCCGUGACUCUUUUCUCCUCAGCUCUUAGCAGUUCUUCUUUUUCUUGUCUUAUGAUCCUCUCCUCUACCGAGGCGAGCUCGUCCUCCCUCUCCUUGGCCGACAGUUUGCCCUGCUGGUCUGCAGAUGCCACUGCAGCCUCCCCAGCCCCGCCUUCCAGGGGGGACGCUUCAGCCAAGACUUCACUGGCGUGUUCCUUGACUUCUUCUUUGGGGUGGCACUCGCCGCCUCCACCCAUCUUGUCCGCCAGCGCCUGCAUGAGCUGGCAAUUUUGACGUCUGCUUGCCGCCAGCUCGGUGAACGCGCCGACUAGCGGCCAGAGGAAUUCGUCCUCCCUCGCCUCCGAUGGUCUUUCCGCGUUGGGCGCCACUUGUGACCGACUCCUGCCAUCAUCGUGCGGGUUGCAUGGACAAUUCAGGAAGGACAUCUUGCUGAGCAGGUUUGACCCACUUUAUUUUUCAAUAACAGCUUUGUCUUUUGGUCGGAUCGCUUUUCAGCAGCUCCUCUCCUGCUCGCUCCUCGCUCGCUUUCAGUCGGCCGCGUCUUCGUUGCUGUCUUCGGCUUGCUCUCUGUCGUUCUCGCUCUUCAGGUUCUCUUCUCCUACUCCUUCUGCCAUGAUCCCUCCUCCUUCUCCCCUUUUAUACAGCCAGAGGAGAAAUGUCAAUUGUGUCUCGGUGUGUGACCCACGCAUUUGAAUUAGAUUACGGCGGCGUCGCUCCCGGCAUGCUCCGCCUCUCCGUUCCGCCGCAUUCUCCGCCUCCUUGCCGCCAUCUUGGGCAGGUUACGCUGGAGCCCUGUCAAUAUAAACAUGUACCAAAUAACUAUUGUUGCAUGUUACUUACAUAUACAGUAAAUUUAAGCUAUAGGCUACUAUGGAGCUAGCAGCUACACAACAGCUUGGCACACAAGUUUGACAUAUAAUAAUUGAACAAUAUUGCAAUCAAAAACAGCACAUUUGUCAAUUUAAACAAGUGUCAGAAAAUUAUUGUUCCAUAUGACCUACAAAGUCUCCAAGGCAGAAACAUAUUAGAAAGUAUUCAGUAACAAACGUGUCCACAUCAUUCAACUAACCUGUGCCCUUUGGUGUCACUAAAAUUAAAGUAUCACUAACUUAAGGACAGCAUAAAUCUUUUUUUAAGGUAACAAUGUUUUGUCUUCUGAGUCAUUUCGCUUGAUCAAACAUUUUCUAAAUUUCAGCACUACAAAAUAAAAGUAUGUACCAUAAAUGGUGCUGGUAUUAUUGUUUUCUUGUUGGCCAAUGCUCAAUGCUUCAAUAUCUGUAUCGCAUCGGGAGUGAAAAAGUGGUACCGGGACACUGCUAAUUAAAAUGAUGACUAAUUACAUGCAGGUGGGUUGUGGCCUUGCAAUGAAAGAUUAGAACAAUGGAUGCAGUAAAAUGUUUUGUAUUCAAUAAUUGUGUCUCUUUUGUCAAGAAAACAUAUUUAUGAGAUAUUUAAACAUGUGUUUGCUGACUUAAACAAAACCACAACGUUAUUUAACGUCACUGGGGAGCACUUUCCUGUUCACAGUCUAGCUGUCUUUAAAGGCCUACUGAAAUGAGAUGUUCUUAUUUAAACGGGGAUAGCAGGUCCAUUCUAUGUGUCAUACUUGAUCAUUUCGCAAUAUUGCCAUAUUUUUGCUGAAAGUAUUUAGUAGUGAACAUCGACAAUAAAGUUUGCAACUUUUGGUCGUUAAUAAAAUACCCUUGCCUUUACCAGAAGUAGCAGACGAUGUGCGCGUGACGUCACGGGUUGUAGGGCUCCUCACAUCCUCACAUCGUUCAUAAUGUGAGCCUCCAGCAGCAAGAGCUAUUUGGACCGAAAAAGCGACAAUUUCCCCAUUAUUUUGAACGAGGAUGAAAGAUUCGUGGAUGAGGAAAUUUAGAGUGAAGGACUAGAAAAAAAACUUUUAAAAAAAAAGGCGAUUGCAGUGAGAGCGAUUCAGAUGUUUUUAGUCACAUUUACUAGGAUAAUUCUGGGAAAUCCCUUAUCUGCCUAUUGUGUUGCUAGUGUUUUAGUGAGUUAAAUAGUACCUGAUAGUCGGAUGGGUGUGGCCACGGGUGUGUUGACGGAUGUGUUGAGGGAAGUCACGAAGAGGCUGCAGCAGGAAAGAAGUUCCACUGAUUUCCAGUAAGAGGCGACUUAUUACCACAAUGUUCUCACCGAAAACUGCCGGUUGACAUGUAGUCGGGAUCCAUGUUCGCUUGACCGCUCUGAUCGAUAGUAAAGCUUCACCUCCGGGAAUUUUAAACAAGGAAACACUGUGUGUUUGUGUGGCUAAAGGCAAAAAGCUUCCCACCUCCAUCUUUCUACUUUUACUUCUCCAUUAUUAAUUGAACAAAUUGCAAAAGAUUCAGCAACACAGAUGUCCCAAAUACUGUGUAAUUGCGCGAUGAAAAGAGACGACUUUUAGCCGUAAGUGGUGCUGGGCUAAUAUGUCCCCUCCAACCAAUAACGUCACAAACACGCAUCAUCAUGUCAUCAUACGCGUUAUCAUUCCGCGACGUUUUCAACAGGAAACUCCGCGGGAAAUUUAAAAUUGUGAUUUAGUAAACUAAACGGGCCGUAUUGGCAUGUGUUGCAAAGUUAAUAUUUCAUUAUUGAUGUAUAAACUAUCAGACUGCAUGGUCGGUAGUAGUGGGUUUCAGUAGGCCUUUAAUCAAAGACUUUCAGUUCUGGUGUGGGAAUAUGGGAAAAAAAAUCUGGUUUUGGUCAUUUUUUCGUUUCUGCAUCUGACUAAUGAUUUUUGCAUUUUUGUUCAAUUAAAUAUAAAUGAAAAAGUAUAUAUUUUUUAGAUAAUAGUACUAUUGCUCUUCGACACUGAAGACAAUAAACUCUUAGUUUUUUCAGUUUUUUUCAGCUUUCAGUAUUGUAUUUUGUUUUUCAAAAUAAAAUUCUAAUGAACCAGUUUUUGUUUGUUUUUUAAAUUCCCAUUUAUUUAAAUGUAAUGACGGUAAACAUUGUGAUAUCCCCUUUGGUCCAUUUAACUUCGAAAUCUCAAAUGGAUAUCAAAAAACUCAUUUCGGGCCAUUUUUUUCUAUUUUUAUUUCUGAAAGAAAAGUUGGACAACUUUAAUUACACAUUUUUUUAAACGACUAUGGGACUCCUGCUGAACAAAGAUGUUACCGUUAUGCUAAAAACAUGCUAAACGCGAAGGAAAAGCUAAAAUACUGCUUCCGGUUCAAUUUGUCAUCACACAGAUAAACCCGCAUUUUUGCAUUUUGGAUAAAGAUGAAUUCAAGGACUUGAUUUUCAUUAAAACA